ACACUGCAUUGCAAAAGUCGGCGGACGUAAACAACGCAACCUUGUCGAAUUUUUUUCUGAAUUCAGAAAAUUCCGUUGAUAUUUCCCACAAAAAAAAUAUCCAUAUCGACAGUGUGGGAAACUCGGGCCGCGACAACGACAAACACACAGAAAUAAUGUCGGAUUUUUGAUAAAUUAAGACAAAUUUGUUGCGUUCCGUUGAAAUCUACCAAUAUCCAUAUACAAAAUAUCAAUAUCCCAAGUGCAUGGAAUUUUGGCCAGCUCAGUCGACAAGAAGGCCAUCAAAAAAUAUUCCCAAACAAAUGUGUCCAUGCACAGCGGAUGAAUAAAUAGUGUAAUUAUUAGCAAAGAAAUAAAACAACAAAAAGUGAAUACCAAAAAAAACAACAACCUACAACAACAGCAAAAAAAAAGUGAAAUUAAGUGCUUUUAAAAAAAACAGAAACAACAACAACAAUUACCAAAUAAAACAUGAACAUGGCGGCCGCGUCUCGUUUACACAAUAACUCAAAAUUAAUUUAAUAUGCUGGCAAAUGAGCAAAACGAAAACUACGCUAAAAGGCCCUAAGUCGGAGGAGUAGCUUUUAAACCGCUACUGUUAGCAUCAUGGCUGCAACAUCUGCUGGCCAACAGCAGCAGCAACAUCAGCACAAAUUGAAUAUGAUCGGGAGUGCUGAAACGGUUGCCAGUGAGAUGCACCUCCAACAACAACAGCAACAACAGCAGCAGCAUCAACAGAUCCACAUGUUUAAGCAACAUCAGCACAUGUUGCCACUGCAUCAGCAGCAGCAGCAGCAACAUCAUCAGUUUUUCCAGCAGCAACAGACAAAAUUUGUAUCGCGGGUCGUUACAAAUGCAGCAAUACAACAGCAACAGCAGCAGAUGCAACAAAUAUUACCAGCUGGUUUGGUUAAUGGCAAUGGAAAUGGCAACAUGAUGCAAACAACAAAUCUGCAUCAGCAGCAACUGCAACAGCAGCAGCAGCAGCGCAACAGUCAGCAGCAUAUAUUUGUCUGUCCUACAAGCAGCCCCCAAAUACUCCUUCAACAUCAGCAGCAGCAGCAGCAACAACAAACGAAACUCCGCCAGGCGCAAGUAAAGUUGCCAGUAAAGUCAACAUCAAUUGUUGCAGCAGCAGCAGGAACGACAGCGCCAACUGUUGCAACCAGUGCAACUGCUGCAACAAUACUUGCCUCGCGUCAAAUGAGUCAAAACAAUCAGCUCUAUGCCAAGAAUGUUGCCAACAAAUCCAACACCACCAGCAAUAGCAGCAACAUGAACAGGAAAAAUGUCAACUACAAUGGAAAUUUGGCUCCAGGCUGGCGUCGUUUAACCAGCAACAAUGAAGUGGCCUACAUCAGUCCCACGGGAAAAACGCUUCGCACGCAAUUCCAAAUCAAGGACUAUCUGCUGACACAGGGUACCUGCAAGUGCGGUCUACCUUGUCCGCUGCGACCGGAAUACCUAUUCGAUUUCAAUGCACAGGUGCCCAACAUGCCACUGAAGCUGCCAACAGUUGCUGCAGCCACAGUCGAUUCAGCAACAGCAACGACCACGACGACACCUUGCCUGCACCAGCGGCGAUUUCUUGAAUCUCAGAAGCAGCAGCAGCAGCAGCAGAGUGUCAAAGAUGCGACGACGACAACAACAACGACAACUACGCUACCCGCCGUAUCUGUAUCUGUAUCCAUAUCUGGGCCAGCAGCUGUCAGUGAUGUGUUCUCAACGCUGAUGAGAACGACGGCGACAACGACAACGGCGGCAACCGUUCAUGCAACAAUAGCAACCACACCUGAAAUGGCCAACAAAGAAGCUGAUUGCCACAAAUACGGCAAUAACAAAUUACCCCCACGGAGCCAGGCCUAUGGAAUAGCCACGCCUGUAAUGCAAACUAGUCAAGCAUUAGCUGGAGGAGGAGCUGUAGCUGGAGUUGGAAUUGGAGUCCCUAAGCGCUCAGCCGGAGGACAUGUGAUAAAGCAGCAGCCAGCAGCAGCAGCUGCGCCUUCUUCCCUGCCUCUACCCGUAACGCUGCCACCACCCGCAGCACCGCCGCUGAUGCAGCAGCCGAACUUCAAGGACGAUCCCGCCGGAUACUUGCAGCAGCAGACAGUCUUGCUGCACAAUACGCUGGGUGGAGGCCUGGAUACGGUCGUGAAAGAGGUGACCGUGUCGGCCACAUUCACAGCCAGAGCACAGCCACAGGAGCCCAUUGUGCACAGCUCCCAGCAGCAGCAACAGCAGCAGCAGCAACAGCAGCAGCAACAACUUCAACAGCUGCAGAUACAGCGCCAGAGGAUACGAAGGCUCUCGGUGUUUGGCGGCAAGUGGGAAGCGGAAGCGGUGGGUGGCAAUGUCUCCUCCAAUGGAAUGUCCUCCGGACAGCGCACACUGCAGGUGGAUACGCAGGCCUUUGCGCGGCCCCAGAAGCCACAGAUUACCAGCGUCACGGUGGUGCCACCACCCCAGGAGUCACCCGUCUCGAGCAGUGCAGCUGUGCUGCAAGAAGCUGUGGAGAAGCGGCCCGAGCAAGUGGGCGCCAUCUCCACCAGUCACGAGAGUCCCAGGCAGAGCUUGUCCUCGCCCACAGACUCGCUGCUGGAUUCGGGCAAGAGCACGCCCUCGCCAUCACCAAAGCCACAGCAGCAGCAGCAGCCGCAGAUCCUGCAGAUGCGUACCCAAGGGCAAAUACAGGGACAGGUGAGCGCACCCGCUCCACAGCUGCGUGUGAUGCGCCAGCAGCAGCAGACUCUUAGCGGACAGCGGCUGACUGUGGCCAGCAGCAAUGCCGUGGCCACGAUGACGCGCAGCAUUGUGACCACCACGGCGGGCACUGGGAUCACGGGUCGACCGAUCACCACGCUGAGCAGCUCGCAGGCCGGAAUGGCGCAGCUCCAAGCGAUGGCCGGACAAAUGUCAGGCGCCACGAAUGGUGGCAGUCAGCUGAUAAUGACUUCAUCCGGCCAGCUGCUGGUCAUUCCGGGGCCACAGCACAGCAAGCAGGGGAAUCCGCAUCAGCAGCAGCAUCAUCAGCGGGCGGGUAUCAUCCAGCAGCAGCAUCACCAGCACCAGGAGCUGCAUCCGCAGCCGGGAGGCGGCUACAUUGUGAGCCAAGCCUCGCCUGUGGGUGCAGCCACCUCCAGCAGCGGCAGCAGCAACACGGUGAUCCUCAACUCUGGGGGCAAGCUGCUGCACCACCAGAUCAUAACCUCGCAGGCGGGACAGAGCUCUGGAGGAGGUGCAGGAACAGGUGGCCAAACUGUUCUGCUCAACACGCUACCCAACGGCGGCUACAUCGUCCAUCAACAGCAGCAGCAACAUCAUCCACAGCAGCAGCAGCAACAUCUGGAGCAAGUGCUAGCCAUGCCACAUCCUGGGGCAGUGCCACCGCAUGGCCAGACGCUGAUCAUCAGCUCGCCAGAGUCCAAGCGGAGGCCGCGCAAGCGCAAGAGUUCUGUGUGCCAUACGCCGCCACCGUCGAGUGGUGGAUCCCCCGCCAAGACGCUCUCCCCCCAAAUCUCGCCCAGCAUACCCAGCCAGGCGCCCGGAAUGCUCCAUCAACAGGCGGCAGCUGCCGCAGCAGCCGCUGCUUCUGCAUCUGCACCACAGUUCCAGCAGCAGUUCCAGCUGAGUCCCGGCAUCCAGGGCAUAGUCGUGAACAAGGCCAACUCCUCGGGCCCGCAGCAGACGCAGCAGCUGCUGCUGCAGAACGGGCAGAUCCUGCAGCAGGUUAACCUCAUUGGGCAGCAGCUGUUGAUGCCCGCGGGCCUGGUAAUGGCACCAGACGCCACGCUGCUGCAGAUCCAGAACAUGCCCGCAACCAGCCUGAUGACGCCCCAGGGGCCCGUGAUGCUGCGUACGCCGUCACCACAGAGCAAGCCAUCCUUCAUUUCGCCUGGAGGCGGCGGUCAGCAGUACAUUGUGGGUGCCAAUGGGCAGUUGAGUCCCAUUGGACAGAUAUACUCGACGCCCAUGGGUCUGGUGAUGCCCACGGGGCAGCAGGGUGGCGGCUCCACUUUCGUGCAGGCGAGUCCCACGACAACCACCAUUCAGAUCCAGCAGCAGCAGCCAUCACAGCAGCAGCAGCAGCAGCAUCAGCAUCAGCAGGCGCAGCAGAUCAGUCUGCAGCAGACACAGGCCACCACCUAUCUGACGACAGACUCAUCGAUGGGUCGCCAGGGAACGGCGGCCAGUCCGCCAGACACCACCACAUGCAGCCCGCGCAGUCCGGAACGACCGCCCAGUCAUCGGAGCACUGGCAGUGAUAUGGUGCAAUGCGUCUCCAGCUCGGAACCGGAUGCAGCUGUCUCACCGCUGAGUGUCGAGAGUCGGCAGUCGCCAUCUUCCACAGAUUGUGAAAGGAGCUUUGGCAACAGCAACAAUCUCUUUACGCAGCCAAGUGGGAUGUACAAGCAUACGGAGCCAAAGAUACGACGGAUACACAUCACAUCGCAGGCGACGGCAGAGAACGGGAUGAGCCUGAUGGGCCAAGGUAUGCGUUUGGCCAACUCCAGCUCCCAUUCGAACAGCACAUCCGCCUCCAUGCCCAUUUCCAUGUCCAUAACAUCGUCAUCCUCGUCGUCGUCAUCGUCGUCGUCCACUGGCUCCACUCAAGUGGCGGGGGCACAGGGCCAGAGCCAGGGCCAUCGCCCAUUCAUGCACCUUCGACAGCCGCCGAUCGGGCAGCACAAUAACAACAGCCACAGCCACCAUAACAGCAACCACAACCACAACACCAGCACCACCACCUUCCUCCAUAGCCACAAAGUAGUUAACAUUGAUUACCAGGAGUCGCCCAGCACAACAGCAACAGCAACAGCAGCCAUGGCACCAGGCGCCACAUCCUCCACCACGAUGCCGGAGGCCAAGACCAAGACCAAAACCACACCAACGAAACGUUCGCGUCGUCCACAGCGCAGCUCUGGCCGUGGCACAUGCAACAGUGCCACUGGCACUCCAUUAAUGCCGCCACGAUCGUUUGCAAUUGGGGAACUUAUAUGGGGUCCGGCACGCGGACAUCCCGCCUGGCCUGGGAAGAUCGUCAAGAUGCCUGACGGCGUGUGCACGCCAUCGCAGCAGUUCGAUCACGUCUGGGUGCAGUGGUUUGGUGGCGGUGGCCGCUCCACCUCUGAACUGAUUCCGGUCAACUCAUUGCAAAGUCUCUCCGAGGGUCUGGAGGCUCAUCACAAGGCCCAAAAGGAUACCAGAAAGAGCCGCAAACUGAACUCGCAACUCGAGCGGGCUAUACAAGAAGCAAUGACUGAGUUGGAUAACAUUUCAGCCUCCUCGAUACCCACAUCCGUAGCCACAUCGGCGGCAGCAUCCUCAUCCGCUGCUUCUCCUCCGACAGCAGGACCAGCAGCAGCAUCAGUAAUUCAGCAAUCGCCCCCACAGCCCUCUUCAACGAACAACAAAAUAAAUGGACUGGCGCGGAGCAAGCGGCAGCAGGCCAACACAAGUGGAGCCAGCAGCAUGGUGCUGACCGCCAGCACGGCAGCCACACUGAGUGGCCUCUUCAAUCAACAGCAGCAGCAGCAGCAGCAGCAGCAGCGAGCCAAGCCCAUACGCAUUGCGCCCGCUCCACCAUCCGCUUCAGUGGGCAUGGGAACAGUCGGAGCAACAGUCACGACAGUGACUGCCAAUGGAGGAUCAGAACUUGCUGCUGGUGGCAGGAAAGAGAUCCUGAAGCUGGCCAAAUGACCAGCGCUGUCGGCGUUGUCGUCGACAGUAAGCACAGCGAACUAUACGCUCGUUAUUGGGCAUAAGUAGGGGGAAUUAGUGGAGUCCAGCUUGGCCUGGCCAUAUACUUAGUAUAUAUACUUACCGCAUAUGAAUGUGUAUCAAGGUACAAGUAGAAAAUCAGUUUAGUUAGAUGUCUUCCUCUGGCUCAGCUUGAGACAGAGUGUCACUUUGGAGUUGGUUGUUUUCUAUUGUUUAACAUACAGACCCACAAGACUCCCUGCUUAGUUGCGUCGCCGGGCGGCGCUGCCACACAUUUGAAAUAGACAAUAAUGCAUCAAGAAAAUGUUAAUCGAAAUCAAGUUACAAAGGAAGGUUCUAACCAUAAGCGAGAGAUAGAUUUGGUUGCUUCUUAGACAGCGCUUCGGCGCAGAAUUUAAGUUGUUUUGUAUAUACAUAAAAACAUUUAUACAUAUAUAUCCCUUAUCCAUAACAGAUUGUACAUGUUAAGUAUUUAUUUAUUGCGUAUAGAUCUUAGGUUCAUUUAGGUUCUUGUUUUCGUUGCAAUUUGUAGACCUAACCAUUAUUUUUAUAAAUAGGUAACCUAUAAAUAGAUGACAUUUUUGCCACUAAGUUUAGCACUGGAUAACCAUCAAUUACUCAAUUAUGUACUUUUGGCUAUACCAAACAAGUCCGUACAAAAACAAAAACAAAAUAA